UACAACGCUCUCUUUAAAGAGUCUGUUAGCGCCGCGGAAACUCUCCGCGCUUAGACUUGCUCGCCGUGGGAGUAGCAUAAACAUUAAUCCUUGGAUCUUCUAAGAUUCAUUUCAAAUCCAACUUUAUGCCUAUUAUCUGAAUUCAACCCUUCAAUAUGCACAUUCUAAUCACUGGGGCGUCUGGCUUCAUUGGCCAAGAGCUUGCCACUGCUCUCGUAGCAAAAGAUCUGUCCGUUCGUCUCACCCUCACCGAUAUAUGUGAGCCUGCAAAACCAGCAAUCGCGGCUCAAGCAAGCAUAGAUACGUUAGGUCUCGAUCUGACUUCUCGUGAAAAAGUCGAAUCUCUUCUCUCCACAAGAUAUGAUCUCAUUUAUCUCCUCCACGGUAUCAUGUCCGGUGGAGCGGAAGCCAAUCUCGACUUCGGACUGAAAGUAAACGUCGAUUCCUUCAGAAAUAUCCUAGAUACCCUGCGCAUGCGAUACCCAGGUACACAGGUUAUCUUCCCUUCUUCGCUCGCCGUGUACGGACCGACAUCUGAAGGCGAGGUUGUGAGCGAGACCACGUGUCCGAUGCCGCAGUCGAGCUACGGAGCAGAGAAACUCAUUGUGGAGACGCUUUUAAACGAUUAUUCGAGACGGGGGCUCAUCGAUGGACGCAUUGCUCGCUUGCCCACUGUCAUUGUGAGACCUGGGAAACCAUCCGCUGCUGCAUCGUCGUUUGCAAGUGGCAUAGUUCGCGAGAGUCUCAAGGGGGAGAAGAAUGUGCUUCCUGUGGAAGAAGACCUAGAGAUGUGGAUAUGCUCACCACAGGUCGUUGUGGAGAAUCUAGUCAAGCUUCGAGAUGUGCCCAAGGAGAAAUUGGGAUCUCAUAGGACGGUGUGCUUGCCGGGACAGACCGUCACAGUAGGACAAAUUCUAGAUGCACUUGAGGCAGUAGGGGGCAGGAAGGCCAGAGACUUGGUGGAGAAAAAAAAGGAUGCUGAGAAUGAACGGAUUGUGAAAAGUUGGCCAGCGCGGUUUGACACAACACGGGCUAAAGAUCUAGGUCUCCGUGAAGACAUAUCAUUGACCAAGAUAGUAGAGACUUUCGCAGCAACAUUGUCAAAGUCAUGAAUUCACCCCAAGAUCAGCAAAUUUCGCACUGCUAUCAC